AGAAACCAGGUCAUCCUACUCCUGCUACCUGAGGAUAUAUUUCCUUCACUAACCAUCCAACGAAUAUCAUCAUUUACUAUGGCAAGAACAAAACAAACUGCCCGCAGGUCAACAGGUGGCGCUGCCCCUCGGGCACAGCUCGCUGGCAGCUAUCAGCGAGGAGCUUAUCUCUUCGAUUACGGAAACCUUCCAGUACAACAACAUGAUGAUGUCUCGGAAGAGGAGCCUAUAAUUCCUGAUAUACCAAUAGUUUUAAACGCAGCAACGACUUCGGGUGCUCAAACGGAGGUGUUUUCUACUCCGGACGUUCUUGUGAUCAUUCUAUCUCAGCUUCCGCACUCCUCCUUGCUCAACGCCAAACUGGUUAAUAAAACGUGGGCAAGCCUUUUCGAUAACGUGGAAAUCCGAGCUUCUUUAUUUGAGUGCCCCAGACCUAAAGAAUCGGCUCUGUAUACGGAAACAUAUUCGGAUCUAUUGAUGGAUAAGUUCUUGGCUCCUUGGCCAACCAACGAAGAUGAGUAUGCAGACAAGCACCUCAGUUGGCAAUUGCGACAACUUCUUGUUUGCCAACCACCAGUUGAAGCUCUCGAGAUUGUUCAAGAGGUCAACCAACGUUAUGGCGGUGCUUUGGAAUUUCGAACGAUUAUUCCUCGUCCCAACGGUUUGCGGAUGGGGUUUCUUUAUGAUGCGAUUAGACAUUGGCAUCAAGUGGAAAGAAGCCCUGUCAAGCUACUUUGGAAUAGGAAAACUGGUGACCUUGCCGAUAGCAUGCAUUAUUAUCCAGAUGGACCUGGUUACAAGACGUUUGGCGACAAGCCUUGCGUAACUAUCUGGGGACAGAAAGGUGUAGGAUGCGGGCAAUACGGUGGUCUUACGUACGAGCACUACCAUUUUUUGCAGGAUAAUACGCAAACACAAAAGCCCAGAGUUCGGGUUAUAGAAAGCGAUGAUGAGAAGGUGAAGUUUUCUAUGUCGGAGCCUAAAUCCGUAAAGCUUAAUAUGAUGUUACUCCUUGCUUCUGACCUAAAAGGUCGGUUCAAUAAAUUUCUAGGAGAGUUAUUGCCUAAACAGAACCAGCCUCAGGUCUAGACAAAUAGAUUAUCAAAGCUUUAAAAAAUGGUAUUUAUUUAUUUCUAGAUACUGUAAUUUAGGGUUGAUUGAAAUAAAUACUUCGUCAAAAUCGUGAGGGCGGCGGUCGCUCACCCAAUACG